AUGGCAUACUCUAACGAAGAUUAUCUGCCGACUCUUGAAGAACUCACUGUUCCUGAGAUAGAAAUUACCUCGUCUGUUUUUAGGACAGCAGCGCAUCAUCUUGGAAAGUACUGUGACAAUGCCUCCAAGGAAUUCAUGCUGUGCCGGGCUGAAGAAGAUGACCCCAGGAAAUGCCUGAAUGAAGGGAAAGAAGUGACGAGAUGUGGGUUUGAGUUUCUUCGCAAGGUGAAGAAAUCGUGCUUCGCAGAGUUUAACCAGUACCUGCAGUGUAUUGAUCACUCUGGAUCCGAGAUGGAGUUUAAGAACUGUCGUACAACCCAGGAUAUUUACGACAACUGCAUCAAGGAGAACCUGGGCCAAGACCGCCCUGAGUUGGGAUAUUUUGCCAAGGUUAGGCUGCACAAAACAGACCGGCCUAAACCAGGUCCUCGGCCACAUCAUCUUCCCGACACACUCCCGGCCCCGCCAGAAAACUAUGAGCCUGCAGACCCUUUGAAAAAGCUGUCCAAGUAUUAA